AUGCCAAUUAUGUUCUCGCAAGAGCUGCCCAUCUACACAGCACUCGUGCUACUUGCUCUUCCCCAGUACUACUUGUACUCCAAGGCUACUUGUAGAUCAAAGAACCCUGCAGUGCUCCCCACAAACUGGCCAAUACUGCACAUGUUCCCUUCCUUCGUGGCCAACCUCCACAAGAUGAAUGACUAUUUCACCCUGGUCCUCGUCGGAUCAGGCCACAACUUCAGGGCGCACGGCCCACCCGGGACCGGGAUGCGGUUAUUCGUCACAUGCGAUCCUGCCAACAUCCAGCACAUCUUCACGACGAACUACACCAACUUUCCCAAGGGCGCGGAGUUUGCCGCAAUCUUCGACAUCAUGAGCGGUGGCAUCUUCACCAUCGAGGGUGAGCCGGCUCGUCAGCAGCGCAUGAAAAUCAAGAGCGUGCUCAGCAGCCCGCGGUUGGUUGCAAGGAUGGAGGCUUGGUGCCGUGACAAGGUGGAGAACAACCUCCUCCUGUUGUUUACGCAAAUGGCGAGCACCGGCACUUCGUUCAACAUGCAAGAACUGAUGUCAAGGUUAAUGUUUGACCUUGCUGCUACGCCUCUCUUCGGCGUGGACCCCGACCUUCUAUCUUUGGACAUGCCUCCCAUGGAAGCCGCAAUCGCCAUGGACACAGUCAUGGAGGUGGCAUUUUUUCAGGUCGUGAUGCCGGCUUCUUGUUGGAAGUUGAUGAGGCGGCUGAACAUCGGCCCUGAGAGGAAGCUCAAGGCAGUGCACAAGGUGCUGCGUGUGUUUGUCAUGGAGAUGACGGAGAGGAGGGUGAUUAACGCAUCUUCCGUUGAUGUCAUGUUCCAUGCAAUGACCAUUAGCUACAUGAUCGCUGCGAGGGACACAGUUGCAACGGCCCUGACAUGGAUUUUCUACAACCUUGCACAGAACCCUAAUAUUGUGUCAAUCAUGCGCAAUGAACUCUCACUGAUUGCAUCACACAAAGUAGCGGCCCAUCCAGAUGCCAUGGUGAUCUUUAAGCCAGACGAGACCAAAUCUCUCGUUUAUCUGAGAGCUGUCUUGUACGAGACUCUCAGGUUGUACCCACCGGCCCCUCUCGAGCGCAAGAUGGUGGCCGCUAAUGAUAUCAUGCCGAGUGGUCAUGAGGUGCAUGCCGGCGACACUAUCCUUAUUUCUCUCCACUCCAUGGGAAGAAUGGAGGGUAUAUGGGGUAAAGACUGCCUCAACUACAAUCCAGAUAGGUGGCUCUCGGAGGAUGGCAACAAGCUAAGGUACGUACCAUCUCACAAGUUCAUGGCCUUCAACUCGGGUCCGAGGAUGUGCCUCGGCAAGGACAUCGCGGUUAUGCAGAUGAAGACCGUCAUCGCCUCAAUGUUGUGGAACUUCGAUGUGGAGGUAAUGAAAGGGCAAUGCAUCGAGCCUAAGUCAUCUUGUAUACUGGAGAUGAAAAAGGGGCCCACAAUCACAUUAGUUAUGGAAUAA